CUUAUCACUUAAUACACGCCAGAAAAGGCUCACAGCUCUAAUAACAACUAUUUAUACAGACAUCUAGAUAAACUAAUUCGUUUAUUGACAAAUAUCACACUCCCAAUCAGAUUCGUCGUAUUUAUCUUCCCGAUGGGGAUUUCCGCCGUAUAGAAUCAAAAACCCUGGCCGAGAUCGAGUCGAUUCAUUACCUGUCCAAUAUAGAUCUAAUGAAUUCAUCACAAUCAUCUCCUAGGAUUUCCUUCGUGACCUGGAUUAUUUCACUUGAUAGUAGAACUGCAAGUAAUAAGGUUUAAAGGGGGAGGGCAUAGGAAAAGUUCCCCCGCCUGGUAUAACGAGGUCACGUUAAAUAAUAGCCUCCCCAAUAUCAUCAUCCAUUAACUUAUCAGCAUGUCAUAGGGCGAGCAUGAUGCCUGUUGAAUCGAAGUCCUUUUGCUUGAAAUUUGAAUUACGAGAGCUGAGCUGCAGAUGACUCCGCCAUGCGUGGUGGCGUUCUCCAAAAGGAUCAAGCCUGAGUUCCGGAAUGUUCGUCCAGACUCAGCCGCACAAGAUGGACGAAAAGCUCAGGUGAUAUCUGGUUAUCCUCUGUAACCCAAAGUAAUAUCCAGUCAGUAGUCUCUUCGACCUACUCCUUCAAAGUUCAAAGUGUCUCCUCAUCGAUUGAACAAAUAAUUUCGGCAAUUAUGGCAAAGCUCAAGCUUGGGCUUAUCCAAGAAUAUCGGGAGAGGCAUUUAAUGCCACCUUUUGAAUUCAAGCCCGUUAGUGUCAAGGUUAUUGAAAUAGAGGAUUUCGAGGCAGAGAAGCCCAUCAUACGUUCGUUUAUAAUCCGCCCAGACGAACUUGAAAGCUGGCUGGACCGAAUAACUAUUAGGAAUCCCCACGGCCGCCAGAGACCUAAGUUUCGUAUCAUCCUUGGGUAUGGGGGACAAGGGGCAAAGUACGAAUAUUUGAUGCCCAGUAACGAGUAUGCCAAUGGAAAUUUAACCAGAGAGUCAAUGACUGCACUCCCUUUCUCUAAAGAACAUUGUCAACUAUUAAGCGAAAGGCUUGGGGUACCAAACAUUGUAUCACUGUUGCCGUCGCGAAAAGCCUCCGCGUUAGUGGGCCAUUUUCAACUGGUACAGCUUCCGUGUCAAGGAGAAAAUUCAAUAUACGGUUUGACUUUGAAUGCAUUUACUAGCUUGCUUAUCGGCGUUAAAGUUGGUAUUUCGAUGUCAUACUGUCCUUCUACGGGUGUCACGAACGCGGUGUUAAUGAGAAGCGGCCCUCAGAAUGGAUUCGCCUGGUUAGAACAGGACUUGGAACAACUAGCUUCUUUAGCCGACAACCCUUUCCUCAUCCCCAUCUUGGUAUGUCAGCAUCUCACCGAAGCGUUUUGUUCUUUUGUGGACGAUAAUUACGACCGAUUGCACCAAGUAGAGUUCGGAAGUGGCCAAACGGGCAUCACGAUGAUUGGAGAGAACGGAACGCCAAUUUCACGGGGUAACUGUGAAAACCCUAAUCUCUCAGUUACUGUCCUUGGAGUUGCCCAACAUUCGCUUGCUGUUGAAGCUUAUGUCAGAGGUCAAUUGUUAACUGUAGACCUCAUCAAAGACGAACUAUUAGCAUUCCCAUGGCAACAGGCUCUAUCUACGGAUAAGCGCCGUGUACAGGAGCAAAAUGCGCUUCUCCUGAAACAGCUUGAUUUUAUCAAUCGGACACUCAAGAUCGCUCUUAUUCGCAUUGACCACCUAAAGCAGCGGACGACUGUGCAAGCAACUGCUAUCGCUAAUUUAUUAGCUCAACGCAACAAUGAGACAAAUCGCAGGUUGGCCGAGUCAAGCACGAGCAUAGCUCAUGAUACUAGGCGAGAUAGUCUGGCUAUGAAGUCUAUAGCGAUCUUAACAAUGAUAUUUCUCCCGGCGACGUUUACAGCUACGUAUUUUACUACGCCUGCUAUAGCGGCCUUAGAUCCCUCGCAAAGUCUCUACUGGAUCGUUACAAUACCCCUAACCCUUAUCGUCGUAACCUUGUGGGUUUUCUCAUUCUAUUUCCUAACGAGGGAUAAACCCCGAUACCGACGCAAAGAUGGCCUAGAGUAACCUGCGCACUGGUUAGUUCUAUGUGGUGUUUCCAUAUUACAGGUUGCUGUUGUUUAACAAUAGUCUUUAUUAUCUUAUGAAAGAACUUCGACAAAGAAAGUCAUAGCUACCACCGAGAUACUUAAGGACAAGCCACGCCUCAUUCACUUACUUCAAUAUUCAGUCAUACACUAUAGUUGGUACCAUACGCAGUCUUGACUUUCUUCGUAGAUUGGUUUUCUUGUGUUACUGGAACCAGUCUGGUAGAGUGACAAAGGGGAAGUUCACAAAGAGCCGGGAAACAUAAUGCAUUAUUUCGCUUUCAACAUCAGAGUCGCCGUGGCUAUAAGAUUGUCUUGUAAAAUGAUAUUUAUAUUCCUUGUUG